AUUAAAGUCCAUGUGUUUUCAAAUUGUUGACAACAAUUAUUGUCAUUUAAAUUAUCAUUUAUUUUGAUAUUAAGUCCGAGACAUCAGUCCAGACAAAGACUACCGCAAGACAUGGUUGUCAUCAAAGAUAAGAGUGUUAUCAAUAAAAUCAGGAAAGCGAAGACCAGAAGAGGUAAACGAGUGUUGGAGUCGAGGGAACCGCUGAUCGUCGAGAACACAAAGAAAGCCAUUUUCACGCGCGGAUCAAAUGCCAGUCAAAGAUGUGUUCAACUAUUGAAAGACUUUUGUUUAUUAAAAAAGCCAAACAGUGUUUACUUCAAUCGGAAGGAAGAGUGGCAUCCAUUCGACGACUGGUCGCCCGUGGAGUACAUGUGCGGCAAAAACGACGCCUCACUCUUCGCGUACGCCUCGCAUACGAAGAAGCGGCCAAACAAUGUGGUGAUCGGCCGCACGUUUGACGACCAUCUGCUCGAUAUGGUUGAGCUCGGGUUCGACGACUACCGGGCGCUCAAUGAGUUCAAAGUGCCGAAGACAGCCAUUGGCACCAAACCUAUCGUACUGUUCAGCGGACAGCCCUUCGACACCGAACACGACUACCAGCGCCUCAAGAGUCUACUGUUGGACAUGUUUGCCGGCCCUCAAGUCGAUAGCAUACGACUGUCCGGUUUGGAGCACGCGAUCCAAUUCGUGGCCACCGAUGGCCGCGUACUUAUGCGCAGCUAUAAAGUGGCGCUCAAGAGGUCGGGCACUCGUCUGCCGCGCGUAGAACUCGAAGAGAUGGGUCCCCGCGUGGAGUUUACACUUCGGCGCCGACACUUGGCCUCACAGGACCUCUGGAAGCGUGCGCUCCGACAGCCGGACGCCACCCGCAAGAAGUCCUCGUCGGCCACGAAGAAUGUGAAACGGGAUGCGUUGGGCUCGACGUUAGGCCGCAUUCAUAUGCGCCGUCAAGACUAUCGGCGCCUAUCGUUGCGAAAGUCGCGCGCAUUUCGUAAGUCAUCCAAAGAGGGGAUCAGUUCUGGCGCUAAGAAGACAAGUGUUGUGCCCGUCGUUGACACUAAUGAUAGACCGGUUGUCGACACCAAUCGAUCACAUGAUAUGCCACCCAAAAAGAGGGUCCGCUUUGAAUCUUAAUUAGGUUUUGUUUAAUUAAAUAAAUUUGUGGUUUAUUUGAUAUUUAAUUAAAAAUCAAUAAAAUUUAACGUAAAUAAAGUAUUAAUUUUAUUAAAUUAAACAUA